AUGGGAGCCAUGAUCCUCAUGGACGAGGAGUGCAAGCGCACUGGGGACCUUCAAGCGCAGAUUGCCGGAUUGGCGCAGCAACGCCACGAUGCUAUGGGCUUGGCCGGACAAAAUGCCGAGGUCGGACCAGAUGAGAAAUGCAUGCCGUCGAGAGGUGCAGUGCCGGAGUACGUUGAACUGUUUCCCGCCGCCUUCCGAGAAGGCGUGUAA